UUGUAUUUUUCCGUUUUCCACCCUGUGCUUGAAAUUACUAUAGUGCGGUCUGAGGUUCUGAUUACAGAAUGCUCAAAACUGGUUGAUGCAAAUCGUGAAAGAAAUAGUGGGCUUUGGAGUGCGUCUGUACCUAUUAAGAUACGUUCUACACUGCGGACUGGGAACAACGAUUUGCCUAUGAAGGGGAUUCCUAAUCAAAACCCAUGUAAACUGAAUUCGGGAUUCACAUAUGAACCAAAGAAGUUCCAACGUCAAUUGUCGAAACGUGAGGGUGGAGCUAAGCUGUUAGAUAUUUGCGAAUUACCUCAGUCUCUCAAAAAGCGACGUCAAAUGGAAUUGAUUGAGGAAAGGAAAAGGAAACAAGAAGAGAAGGAAAUGGCAAAGAAGAAAGCGCUAGAGGAUAAAGGAAAAAGAGCUGCUCAACAGAAAAUGCAAGAGAAUGCGAAGAAACAAAAUGAGAAGAAAUCUCGUUCAGAAAGCGUCCGAAACCAGGAGACAGGAGAUGGGAGUGAUCAGGUCACUGAUACUAGUACAUCUGCAGCAGCUGAGGAGUCAUCUCAGAAACGUCCAUGCCUUCAACAAGCUAUCCUGAAGAAAUGGAAACGCAACAGCCGGAAAUGGAGCAGGAGCACAAGUUGCGGCAUCCUGCCUGAAAAUCCUUAUAUGUCACGAGAAUCGAUUCAUCGGAUGCCACAACGUGAUCAACCCCAACAAAGUCAUCAGCAACAUCUUCUUCACCAACACCCUUCCCUUUCGUCGGUCGCAAAUGGAAUAACUAUUUCAGUGUGCUAA